AUGGCACCUCCAACCCCCUCCCUCAACGCCGCGAACCUAUCAUUCGAAAAGAAAAACACCAAUCUAAUCAGCAUCCCGCACAACUACCGGGUCCAAAAACGUCCUAUCCCACAUGCCCCCGUCGCAUCGCCCUACGCUGGCACCGAUGUGCCCAAGAUCGUCUACGUGGGCAGUAAAACACCCUUUAUGAGCGCCAUCAAACGCGUACAGAAAUUACUGCGACAUGCGGAACGACGCGUGAUGACGCCGUUGAUUGAUGAGAAGGAGAGGAAGAGGAGACACGCACAGCAGCGGAAAAGGGAGAGUAAAGCUGCUAGUAGUGGUAGCGGUGCGGAGGAGCAGGAGAGGAAGGUUUUGGAGGAGUGUUUAAAGAAACUGAGGUUAGAGAAGGUUUUGGUCAAGGCCACGGGGAAGGCGAUGGAGAAGGCGGUGAGGGUGGGGAGAUGGUUUGAGGAGAAGACGGAGGAGUAUGAGGUGGCUGUGAGGACGGGGAGUGUGUGCGUGGUGGAUGAUAUUGUGAGAGAAGAGGUGGAAGAGGAGGAGGAGGAGGAUGAUACAGCAGAUGACCGGGAAGAGGACGAUAAUACUGUGACUGUCGAUGGCAAGAACGAACAGAGCGAUAAAACUAAACCCACCGAGUCGAAGAAUCAGCUUCGUCGACGAAGGAAGCGCGAACGAGUACGACAACAGAAAGUGGAGGCAUCUCUUGACGAAGAUGGUGAACCGCCAGAGUCGAGAACCCGAUGGGUCAAUAUGGUUGAAAUCUCGGUCAACUUGAAGUCAUGA